AACAAAAAAGCAACGGAGGCUCCUCGGCCGGCGCACGACGGCGGGAGCAAAACCCCAGCGCGCGCGUCAUCCCCGGAAAAUCCCCUGAUUCCCGCCCGUUCCGAGGCUGAAUCCGCCCCAACCCCGCCGCCGGCGGCCUCGAUCUGCGCCGGGACCGCCUUGAGCUUGUCCCGGGAGGCGGGGAAUGGGGAGCGUGGACGGCGACAGCCAGGGGCUCCAGGCAGAUGCUCGGCGUGCGGAGGUGAUCAAAUGGCUCGGUGCCUUAAUCCCGGAGUACCGUCUGCCAUCAGAUUCAUCUGACGAAGAGCUCCGGGAGCUGCUCGGCGAUGGCACGGCUCUGUGCCAUCUCACGGACACGCUCAUCCCUGGUGCUCUUGAGGGGUUACCUGGUGGUUAUGCAUCAUCGGAGCAGCGGUCGGGCAAUGUGAAGAAGUUCCUGUCGGUGGUUGCUGACAUGGGUCUGCCAGGCUUCAGCGUGAAAGAUCUCGAGGAGGGAUCAAUGUCUUCGGUGGUGGAUUGCCUCUUGGUUCUGCGGGACAAUUUGAGUCCUGGAUUGGUUAAUGAUAAUUCAAGAGAUGUUUUAAAGACUCCUUCCCGGAAAAAAUGGAGAGUUCCAGAAACUGAUGUGUCUCUAGUUGCUGCUGGUGCAGCACAAGGGAAAACACCCACAAGAGAGGACAGGGGAAAUGGGCUUCCCUAUCCCAAGUCUCAGCAGAAAACUCCUGCCUUUAAUGGACAAAAGCUUCGUGAGAUUUUCCAGCUAAAACGUGGAUCUUAUGCUGAUCUUCCAGCUGCCAAGAUUUCAGAGAUGAUGCAUUCAAACAGUUUAGAUAAUGCACCAACUCAGUCUCUUCUUACAGUUGUUAAUGGUAUCCUGGAUGAAAGCAUUGAAAGAAGAAAGGGAGAAAUUCCACAUCGUGUAGUUUAUUUACUGAGGAAAGUAGUGCAAGAGAUUGAGCGUCGUCUGUGUGUUCAAGCAGAGCACAUAAGAAAUCAAAAUACUAUCAUCAAGACAAGGGAAGAAAAGUACCAUUCAAAAAUUAAAGCACUUGAAUUAUUAGUAAAUGGCACAAAUGAAGAAAACCAGAUGGCAAUAAAUCUGCUCCACGUAGUCAAGGAAGAGAAGUCGAAAAUUGAAGAGAGAAGGAAAUUCAGUGAGCAAAAUGUUGUUCGGUUAGUGAAAGAAAAAGAAAAUGCUGAGAACAUGAUAGCAGGCCUUAAGGAAGAAAUGGAAGAAAUGAAUAGGCUGUAUGAACAACAGCUUGGUCAGUUUGAAGUUAAGACAAAGCAAAUGGAAGACCAAUUAACAAGCAAAGUGAAGGAAUUUGAGCUUCAUGUAGUGCAGUCAAACAGGAAAAUAGAAGAAAUUGAGACUGCCUCUAAGCUGAAAUCACAGUUAUGGAACAAAAAGGAAAAUAUUUUUCAGAAUUACAUGAAUAGUCAACAGUUAAAUGUCAAGUCUUUAACUAUAUCAUCACGGUCAAUAAAGAACGACCUGAAUGUCUUCCAGAUGAAGUGGAAAGAUGAAAUGUCUAAUUUAGGGUCCAAUUUAAAGUGUUUAGUUGAUGCCGCCGAAAAUUACCACAAAGUUCUCGCUGAAAACCAGAAAUUGUUUAAUGAAAUGCAAGAAUUAAAAGGUAAUAUAAGAGUAUACUGUCGUGUAAGACCAUUUCUUCCUGGUCAAGAUAAAAAAUCGACCACUAUUGAUUACAUUGGUGAAAGGGGUGAUCUUCUGAUUUCAAAUCCUUUGAAGCAAGGAAAAGACGGACAUCGCAUGUUCAAGUUUAACAAAGUGUUCAGUUCAUUUGCUUCCCAAGCUGAGGUAUUCUCAGACAUUCAGCCGUUGAUUCGGUCAGUUCUUGAUGGAUUUAAUGUGUGUAUUUUUGCGUAUGGGCAAACUGGUUCUGGAAAAACUUACACGAUGAGUGGACCCAGCAUGUCAAAAACAGAUUGGGGUGUCAAUUACCGGGCUUUAAGUGAUCUGUUUGAUAUCUCACUAAGUAGGAGAAACGUUUUCUCGUAUGAGGUGGGAGUACAGAUGGUUGAGAUAUAUAAUGAACAAGUUCGUGAUCUUCUGUCAAACGAUAUUGCACAGAAACGACUUGGGAUUUGGAGCACUUCUCAGCCUAACGGACUUGUUGUACCGGAUGCGAGCUUACACUCCGUUACAUCAACAUCAGAUGUGUUAGACUUGAUGGAAAUUGGACUAGCAAAUAGAGCAGUUGGUUCGACGGCCUUAAAUGAAAGAAGCAGUCGCUCCCACAGCAUUCUAACCGUGCAUGUUCGAGGAUUGGAUAUGAAGAAUGGAUCCACCUCUAGAGGAUGUCUGCAUCUCAUUGAUCUUGCUGGCAGUGAAAGAGUUGAGCGGUCUGAGGCAACUGGAGAUAGAUUGAAGGAGGCUCAACACAUUAACAAAUCACUCUCUGCUUUAGGUGAUGUGAUUUUUGCUUUGGCACAGAAAAAUGCCCAUGUGCCCUACAGAAACAGCAAGCUAACACAAGUUCUCCAGAGCUCUUUGGGUGGACAAGCAAAGACACUAAUGUUUGUUCAAAUAAAUCCUGAUGUCGAGUCCUAUUCAGAAACUAUAAGCACUCUAAAGUUCGCUGAAAGAGUUUCUGGAGUAGAGUUAGGUGCUGCAAGAAGUAACAAAGAGGGAAAGGAUAUGAAAGAGCUGUUGGAACAGGUUUCAUCUUUGAAAGAUACAAUUUCACGAAAAGAUAUGGAAAUUGAGCAGCUCCAACUCAUGAAAGACAAUGCUAAACCCCCAAAUUUGUUCAUUGACAAACCAAGCAAGUUCAAUUCCAACCAAGCAUCGCUGGUCACAUUAAACCAACGGAUCACAUUAUCAGAUCAUCUGAGUUAUGCUGAGGUGAAUGCAGAUGCUGGUCAUACUUCACCCAUUGGCAUUGCACCUGUGAGAUUGGAUGAAGCGGAUUAUGAAGAAAAUGUAUCUGGAGAUGAAAUGACAAUGUAUACAGUUCCAUCCCGAGUAGCCAGAUCCACUCUCACAAAAACCGGGCAGCCAACAACGUCCAGAUCAAAACCAAGAGACUCAGUUUUGAAGACUCCAAGUCAAACGAAACCUCCAUCGAGCCAGUUGACAGGAGGCUCUUCAGCGAGGACCUCCAAAAGAUGGCAGAAGUAGAGCACCUUCCAGGUGUUUGGUAUUUAAACGGGCUCCAGAAGAUGAUAGAAGUAGAGUACAUCAUACCUCCCAGGUGCUCGGUUGUAUUUUGUACGCUCACUGUGGCUCGACGAAGGUGGAAAUAGGCGGGGUAGCUUAGCUGUACAAUAGAUGUAUGCUUGUAAGGUGUAACUCAAGCACAGUGAAAAAUCCCCUGACGAAAGAUGAGCUUUUGGUGCCUCGUGUUUUGCCUAUACAGAUCAAAAUCAAGGAAUGCCAUUGUGUUUCCGUUUAUUC